AUGCCUCGCGUCUACCCCACCCUCGAUGGCAAUCAAUCCGCCUUCAUACCCUCCCCCACCAUAGUCGAGAGUGUCGCUGGCUUCACAGCAGGAGUCGUGUCCACUCUCGCCGUCCACCCAUUCGACAUUGUCAAGACUCGCCUGCAAAUCGAGCAGAAUGAGCGCAGUAGGCCCGGCGGCAGCCUGCGGAUCGUGCGCAGAGUCGCCGCGGAGGCUCGUACGGAAGCGGGGGGCUCACAAAGCGCGGCGGUCGCCAGAGCCUUCUACAGAGGCCUUAUGCCCAACAUGGUUGGGAACAGUGUGAGCUGGGCACUAUACUUCAUGUGGUACGGCAACAUCAAGGACCUGAUCCGCGCCACCAGACCGCACGCCGCCACGCGAGAUCUGAGCGGCUCCGACUACUUCCUCGCUUCUGGCGGCGCCGGCGUCAUCACCGCCGUCCUCACCAACCCCAUUUGGGUCAUCAAGACUCGCAUGCUCUCCACCGCAAGGAACACCCCCGGCGCGUACAAGAGCAUCACCCAUGGCACCCUCCAGCUUUAUCGCAGCGAGGGCCUUCGCGGCUUCUAUCGCGGCCUGAUCCCCAGUCUGUUCGGCGUCAGCCACGGCGCCAUUCAAUUCAUGGCCUAUGAGCAAUUGAAGAUCCGUUGGGCGUCAAGCCGUCACGGCGGCAAAGCCGGGCUGACCAACGUCGACUACCUCUACCUCAGUGCGCUGUCCAAGAUGUUCGCCGGCUCCAUCACCUACCCAUAUCAAGUGGUGCGCGCUCGACUGCAGACAUACGAUGCUCAGGCCCGGUACAACGGAGCGUGGGAUGUUGUGCGGCAAGUGUUUAAGCGUGAGGGCAUUCAAGGCUUUUACAAAGGUGUCUGCCCCAACAUUGUGCGAGUCCUCCCGAGCACCUGCGUGACCUUUUUGGUCUACGAGAAUACGAAAUUCUAUUUUCCGCGCUUGAUGCAUAGUCAGCACGGGGACGCGGUGUGA